CCCACAUUGCACCAAGAUGUCUUCCCGCCUACUGCGACGGGCUCAGAAGGAGCUUGAGGAGCGCCAACGGCUGGAGAGACUCGCACAACCACAUGAAGAGGAGCCAUCAGAGGAGGAGGUCACGCUUCCCUCGAGACCGAAACCCAGCUUGUUUGCCUUGCUGGGGGAGGCAUCUGAAGCGGGCGACGGGAAUGAGGAUGAUGUAGAGCCGGAAGUGGAUUCCUUAGACAGCGAGGGCGAGGCAACACCUGCCAUCGCCCCAGCCCCUCUGCCCUCGAAGAAGAGCAAGAAGAAAAAGAAGAAAAAGAAGAAGGGCAAAGACAAGGCCCAGGUCAACGAUCCGCCAAACGCAACCCCUUCCUCCACAUCGCCAAAAAUACAAUCUGGUCUAGACGAAAUUGACCGUGCUCUUCUCGCUCUAAACAUUACUUCACAGGCCAAUUGCAGCUCCACCGCUGACCAACUAACAUCGACUGUUAGCGACGAGAUGCAGCAGCUGUAUGCAGUCCUCGCUAUAGACACCCAGCACCUACAGGCUUCCAAUGAAAUGCGCAAGCUCUUUGGUCGUGCGGCCGUACAAGGUGGCAAUGACGACGAGCCAGCUCGACUGAGACAGCGUGGCCGUGGGCAGCUACAAGUUGGGAUUGCUGCAAAUGUAGCAGCUCGAAAUGCACCGGGAAGUCGUAAUCUUUCUAUCGGCCUUCGGCGGAAUAUUUUCGUCCAAGGCAAAGAAGAGUGGCCACGGGCUACGUUGGGCGGCCUAGGUAUGGAAGUCGUGGAAAAGAGGAACGACGGAGCUGUUGAGUACCGUUUUGUCCACAACUUCACCUACCAGUCUGUCCAGAGGCAGUUCGAGACGUGCGUAGCAUCUAUGGAUCCAGAACAAAUGAUCCAGCUACUUCAUUUCAACCCAUACCACAUCUCCACCUUGCUUCAAGUGUCCGAGAUUGCCAAGCAGCAGCGUGACAAUGCGACUGCUGGAGAUCUUCUCGAGCGAGCCCUGUUCUCCUUCGGCCGUGCAGUACACUCUACGUUUGCAACGAAUCUUUCCCAAGGAAAAGCGCGGUUGGAUUUCCGCCGCCCUGAAAAUCGCGAAUUCUGGCUGGCGGCGUGGAGACACAUUUGUGUCCUUGGUACCCGUGCAACCUGGCGCACCGCUUUUGAGUGGGCGAAGCUACUCCUGAGCAUGGAUCCUGAAGGGGACCCGUACUGUAUCCGCCUGGUGAUCGAUCAAUUGGCUCUUCGUGGACGACAGCCCCAGAGCCUUAUUAAUAUAGUAGACGCAGAUCACUUGCAACGGAUUUGGAAAAUUGCCCCGAAUCUGGCGAUGUCUAUCGCCCUUGCUUACGACCACCUAAAGGACCCGGAGAAGGCUAGGUCAUCAUUACGUCUAGCUAUCCAGCAAUAUCCAUGGAUUGCGGCGAGACUUUGUAAGGAGCUCGAAAUCAGUCCUAUCCCCAAACCGAUAUGGGGCAAGGAACCCAACGAUGACCAUCAAAAACUACUAUGCCAGCUCUAUGUACCGAGGGCUAAGGACCUAUGGAACACCCCCGAGGCAACUUCUUUGUUGGUUGAGGUGGCUUCCUCGCUUGAGACACUCGGUUCGGGUGAAAACCCUUCCUGGCUUAGGCACAUUGAUGAAGUCCAUCUUGCUCGGCACGUUAUUCUUUUAGAUGACAGAGAGCUUCUAAGUUUCCUCGAGCCUCGGGUCAUUAACAAAUACACCUCCACAUCUGACCCGCUGCCGCCAGAAGACAACAAAUCUUCCUAUACUGUCACGACCGCUCGACAGCAAAAUGCCCAAAAUGUCAAUGAGGACCAGCUACGGGCCGAGCUCGAAGUCCUUCGAGAAUACUUUGUACGUCUAGACUUGAGCCAGCACAUCGCGGGUCAGGAUUUGACAGUAGAGAUGCUUCGUCAUGCAUUAAGAGAUGCGGGAACUAGCUACGAAGAAUUUAGGAGGAAUACAGAGAGAGUCCAGACCCUGCGGGCACGAUUACAGGAAUUAGGGAUUCGAGUUGUCUUUGCUGAAGAGGACGGAGAGGACACAGAUUCAGAUACGGAUGAGGAGUAGCCAGAGGAGCCGCAGUGCUAAGUCCGCGAUCUGGGUGGUCUGACAGAAAGUUGGAGCCUGCUAUAGCAUAUUCACGAGGAUUUUGGGAUUUGUGAAAGCUAUAGAAGCUGUGGCCAGAAUUAGGACAAGUGUCAAAAGUAUGCCACUUUCUAUCAUGAAUCAUGGUGCAUCAAGGGGC